AUGAAGCAACUUACAAGCAUCGCCAUUACAGCGACCUUAGCAAUUUUCGCCGGCUGUUCCUCAGCAUCCCCAACGUCAUACUGCAACGGAAAACCCAACAAGAUCUGCUACACCUGGGCCGUACCAGCUUCAACAGCCUCGUCUAGCUCUGGUAUCUUGUUCAUCCGCAUCCAAGCCCCUGUAAAAUAUCAAUGGGUCGGCCUCGGUACAGGUGAUAAGAUGAGCGGCUCCACCAUGUUUGUCAUCUACCAAGACGGUACUGGUAACGUCACGUUGAGCACGAGGAUGGGCCAUGGCCACGAGAUGCCUGAGCACAGCCGCAUGCGCUCUGUGAGGCUCAUCGAGGGCAGUGGUGUCGUGAAUAAGACCAUGGUUGCUAAUAUACAUUGCGGCGAUCUCGGUAAUAUGCACUUCAAGGGGUCAAAUAACUGGAUCAGUGCUUGGAAGAUUGGAAGCUCUUUGCACAUGGUUGACAUUGAUGCUGAUAUCGAAGAACAUGACGGACAUAAUAGCUUCUCAGUUGAAUUCUCCGAGGCCGUUGUCAACUCCAACAGCAACCCUUUCAUUCACAUGACGACUUCUAUACCAAGUGGUGCAACGUCUGGUGGAGGAGGAGAAGGCACUACCAGCACUAUUCACGGCAUCAUAAUGUCGGUGGUCUUUCUAUUGGGUUACCCGCUGGGAUCACUGUUGAUGCCUAUAAUCGGAAAGUGGUUCAUCCAUGCUACCUGGCAGAUGAUCGUCUUCAUUGCCAUGUGGGCUGGGUUUGUUACCGGCAAGUUAACUGCUGACCGUACCGGUAAUUGGUUUAACGCUCCGCAUGUCAUUAUCGGCACAGUAGUUUGCACUUUGAUGUUUAUCCAGCCAAUCUUGGGUGGGCUACAUCACAGGAGCUUCGCCAAGCAUCAGCGCCGAACAGGCAUUAGCCAAGCUCACAUUUGGUACGGAAGAGUUCUCAUGAUCCUCGGAAUUGUCAACGGCGGGCUCGGUCUACAGCUUGCUGGUGCAUCCAAGAAGCUCAUUAUUGGCUAUGACAUGGUUGGUUCGGUAACAUCCUUGAUGUACACCGCUGGGGCUGUUCGCAAGAUGCUGAGAGGAGCGAAGAAGCAACAACAUGAGCCUUUGAAGUACAAUGGCUCUUAUAGUGCGGUUGCCUUGAUUUGA